GAAAAAUAUCGUUUUACGGAGAAUUGUUUAUAUUUUUAAAGUUUAUUAUGUUUAGUGCUAUAUUAAGUACCUUAAUUUCAUGCGUUUUAGCAGCAAAUAUUAAUCCAGCAGAACGAUAUUCAAAAUACAGGAUAACUGGUGGAAAUGAGGCAGUUCCACAUGCAUAUCCAUAUCAAGUUGCCAUUAUAAUUGAUUCAACACAAUUUUGUGGUGGAUCUCUCAUAUCUUCAAACUAUGUUCUCACAGCUGCCCACUGCGCUACUGAGAUCUACGUUAAAGCAGAAAUAAUCCUUGGAGCGCACAACGUUUCAGAUAAAGAAUCCACUCAAGUUCAUAGAACAGUUUCUAAAAUAAUAAUCCAUAAAAAUUUUAAUUACACCAGUUAUCAGAAUGACAUUGCAUUGCUAAGACUGUCUAAACCAGCUCCAAUCAACGCAGCUAUAAAAAUCGUACAAUUGAUCUCGAAAAAAGACGCUACAAAAACAUUUGUUGCUCAAACAGUAACAAGCACAGGAUGGGGUUUAACACAGGAUAUCUCAAAUCCAUCAAUUAAAAAUAUGUCUAACGUUUUAAUGGUUGUGAAUGUAUCGGUUAUAGAAUUGAAGAUAUGUAAAAUUUACUACAAGGAUCAAUAUACUCAUAUUGAUUAUGUGACAGGAAAAAACAUUUGUACUAGCGGAUGGAAAAAAAGAGGAACCUGCAGCGGUGAUUCGGGAGGACCGUUAGUUUUGGAUGGUGUUCAAAUUGGAAUAGUUUCUGCCGGUGCAGAAAAGUGUGAAAUUGGAGCGCCAUCUGUUUUUACCCAUAUUGGGAAGUAUCUAAGUUGGAUACAAAAGCAUUCUGAUGUAAUAAUUAUAUAAAUUAA